AUGUUGAGCCUCACCGAGCUUCCGCAAAAGAGCACCGACUUGGCGGAGAUGCGGUCCGGGCCCCUGGGUCGCUGCAGUCACUUUUUUUGGCUGGGCGUCGCCUUCGACGCGGUGGGUGUGGCAGUGCUGUUCACUGGCGUCUUCGCCAACUUGAUGUUCUACGACAUGCUGCUCUAUUUGGGUUCCAUCAUCAUCUUCGUCAGUCUCCUGUGGUGGAUCUCCUGGUAUACCGGCAACAUCGAGGCGCUCCCGGAAGACCCCUUGAGGGGAGCUUCGCCCCGCGAGGGCGAGGUGCACCGUAGCGGCAGCCGUCGCUUCUCGCUGACCCUUAGGAGCGUCUCCGACACCUUUCAGCGGAUCCGCCGGCGGCGGCGGCGGCGACUCCACCCGCGGGUCGUCCAGAGGAUCAGUAGCAUCAACUCUACCGACCCGGGCCAGCUAGAAAGGAACCGCCACGCCAGAACCGCGGGUGGCAGAGCGUUGUUCCGUCCAGCGAAGCCUGAGUCUGUUCAGUUUAACCGAGUCCAGGCCUCUAAGAGCCUGCCUCUGGGCAUUGUCCAUACCCCUCUUUCCAUUUGUACUUCUAGGAGUCAACCUGUCUUUUCAGUGACUUCGCAGUGCCACCCUCAGGCGUCUGACAGCAAUUCUCAGAUGGCUUUGUCCUCUGACAGCCAUGUGUCUGUGGACUCUCACUCUCAGGAGCGCUCUAAGAUCAGUGUGGCCUCUCAGAUCUACCCUCUGGAACGAGAAGAAAGCCAGAGCCACCUCCUGGUGAUCCCUGACAGUUUAUCUAUGGUACCCAUGACCUCUCAAAGCCAAAUCCUGCCCGCUGUAUCUUCUGAAAGCUAUGUGUCUUUGGACCCUCACUCUCCGGGGCGCUCCAAGAUCAGUGUGGCCUCUAAGAUCUACCCUCUGGAACGAGAAGAAAGCCANAUGUGUUUGGACCCUCACUCUCCGGGGCGCUCCAAGAUCAGUGUGGCCUCUAAGAUCUACCCUCUGGAACGAGAAGAAAGCCAGAGUCACCUCUUGGUGAUCCGUGACAGUUUAUCUAUGGUACCCGUGACCUCUCAGAGCCAAAUCCUACCCGCUGUAUCCUCUGAAAGCUAUGUGUCUUUGGACCCUCACUCUCAGGGGCGUUCUAAGAUCAGUGUGGCCUCUAAGAUCCACCCUCUGGAAGGAGAAGAAAGCCAGAGCCACCUCCUAGUGCCCAUGCCCUCUGACAGUUUCCCUGUGGUACCCAUGACCUCUCAGAGCCAAAUCCAGGGAUCUCUGGCCCAACAAAGCCAUCUCCAGAAUCUUCCUCCUGCCUCUCAAAUUCCUGAAACUGAUAAAGCUUCUAAGAGCCAUUCUUUGGCCAAGGGGGUUCCUGUGGUGCCAUCUGGGUUUGCCCAGACUCAGCACCCGCAGGCCUCUUUAGCCCAGACUUCUCAAAGUUCUUCUUCACCUGUCCAGAAGGUUCCUAAGAACUAA